AUAUAUAUUAAAAUUUUUUAUUUAUAUGUAACAUGCCAAAUGCACCUUUAUUAUCUUUAUACUUGAAGCGCAGCUUUAGUCUUCUCUUUUUAUGAUAUUUUUCAUUUUCUACGUCGACAUAUACUAAACAUCUGACUAUUAUUCUUUGUAUGUUAUUUGUAUAAUUUAUGGCUUAGCAAGAUACAAUUUUCAGAUCUAUCAAGCUUAGACCUUUCUAUCUUUUUUAACGUCAUUUUUUAAACUAAAUUUAUUAAUAAUGAUAAUUACAUGUGUAUGUUCUUUUGAAGACAAUUAUUCAUGUAAUACACGUUUAUUUUUUUUUUUGCAUGCAAAAACCCAUAAUCAUUGCAAUUUGUAAUCUAUUAUCGCAAUUUUGCUUAUCGUCGUACAGUUUAUAUUGCGUGUUGCAUAAUUGCGAUUGAUCGCUACCCGCACUCUCCUACCUCGGUGGUAGUUUUAGUUGGUGAAAUUACUAUAUCUGCGAUGAGAAGAGGGGUGCGCAUUACGAAGUUAGACUGACAAUAAGAGAUUCGAUCGCGCAUUUGUUUUGAAAAAUCGAGUCGCUUCUCGUCGCUCCACCUCAUCGGGAAAAAAACAGUAAUGUGCACGGUCGAUCGGAGUGAUGGUUCAAUGCAACGUUACGCGCAGCUAUGAUGUUGACGAGUACCGUAAGCCCGUUACUGAAGAUCGGUCUCAGUGUGAUCGGGUUGUGGCCCGGUUCCUCGAACGGGACGUUCUACUGGCUCUUUUACAUGACGACCCUCAUAAUAAUGCAGUACUUUCAAUACUCGUACGUCUAUGAGCAUCUAGACUUCAACAAUCUGACCAAACUAAUGGACGGUCUGGGUCUCACGUUGGAUUACAGCUUGACGAUCCUGAAGCUGAUCAGUCUCUGGUUCAAUCGCCGAAUAUUCGUGGACAUUCUGGUGGCGAUGGACGACGAUUGGAAAAAUCGCGUGACCGAUUUGCACGAGUGCGUGAUGACGGACAAGGCUAAUCUGGCACAUCGUUGCUCCAGCGCCAUAAUAUCCGUCAAUGCCAUAGCCACCGUUCUUUACUUCAUCGAUAGCCAGGUACGUCGCCGGAAAGUUUCCGCGGACGGACAUCGGGAGUUUCCGAUUCAGGUACUGUUUCCAUUCGAGACCCACGAGACGCCGAUUUACGAGUUCCUCCUUCUGGGACUGUUCUUUCAUGUGUUAGAAACGGCGACCGUGGUCGCGAUACUGAACUCUUUGAUUUUAACGCUGGUGCUUCACGUAAGCGAAAUCGAUAUCAUGUGUCAAGAGUUGAAAGAGAUUCCUUCCACAUUCAAAUCUAAGGUAUUCUCCACCAAAUCUCUCAUCGAGAGACACCAGAAGAUUAUAGCAUUGUCUAAUAAUAUCGAGAAUUACUUCUCGUUCAUUGCUCUGAUACAAUUUAUAUGGAACAGUUUUGUCAUUUGCGCUAUAGGAUUUAUGGUCGUGAUAUCCUUAGGUAUGAAUACAGAGAGUAAAUCCGGGAUUUUUAUACAAUUUGUCAUACCAUAUCUCGCAGUAACUAUAGAAGCUUUCGUCUUUUGUUUUGCUGGCGAAUAUUUGAGUACCAAGAGUAGAUCCAUCGGCGAUGCGGCGUAUGAGGCGGUUUGGUAUGAUUUAUCUAUCAGCGAAUGCCGAAUUUUAUUAUUCCUGAUUUUGAGGUCGCAGAAACGAUUGACGAUCACGGCCGGAAAAAUUAUGGAUCUAACAUUGGAAAGUUUUACUAGUGUCAUGAAAGCUUCGGCUUCGUACAUUUCAGUUUUGCACGCAAUGUACUGAAACCUGUAUGUCAAAAUGUAUGCUGGUCAUAUAUGUAUACUGUCGAAUUAUGUCUCAAAUAAAAUAGUGAAACAUAUUUACUUGUAGAAAGAGAAAUGAAUAGAGAUAAAGAGAAAUAAUUAUUAGUAUUAA